AUGUCCCCAAGUGGUUUAGUGGGCACGGUGGUAAUGAGUUAUGGUGAGACAAGGCUGAUGGAAGGAGUGAGGAGUGAGGAUGUGCAGUUACCUCUGAUGCCUGGGAAGUGUCUGCGGUUGAAUCCGGACGUUCCCGUGUGGGCCUCCAAGCAGCGCAUUCUGUGCACCCUCAACCACAGCCUGAAGGAUGUGCUCAACUACGGGCUCUUCCAGCCAGCCUUCAAUGGCAGAGCAGGGAAGUUCCUGGACGAGGAGCGCCUGCUGCGGGAGUACCCCCUGAAUCCCGACACUCCCGUCCCCUACCUGGAGUUCCGGUACAAGCGGCGUGUGUACACCCAGGCUUUACUGGAUGACAAGCAGUUUGCCAAGCUCCAUACCAAGGCAAACCUGAAGAAGUUCAUGGAAUACGUGCAAAUGCUGAACGCGGAGAAAGUCUGCAGGCUGCUGGAGAAAGGACUGGAUCCCAACUUCCACGACCCGGAUACUGGAGAGUGUCCCCUGACGGCGGCGGCUCAGCUGGAGCUCAGCACUGAGAUGAUCAAAGCCCUGCGGAACGGGGGAGCGCAUCUGGACUUCCGCACGCGGGAGGGAAUGACGGCGCUUCACAAAGCCGUGCGGUGCCGCAACCACGCGGCGCUGCUGACACUGCUGGAUCUGGGGGCCUCCCCAGACUACAAGGACAGCCGGGGGCUGACACCACUGUACCACAGUGCCAUGGUGGGUGGGGAUCCCUACUGCUGUGAGCUGCUGCUGCACGACUACGCUCGGCUGGGCUGCGUGGAUGAGAACGGCUGGCAGGAGAUCCACCAGGCUUGUCGCUACGGCCACGUUCAGCACCUGGAGCAUCUUCUCUUCUACGGCGCUGACAUGACUGCGCAGAACGCCUCAGGAAACACCGCUCUUCACAUCUGUGCUCUCUACAACCAGGAGAGCUGCGCUCGGGUUCUCCUCUUCCGUGGUGCAAGCAAAGAGAUCCGCAACUACAACAGCCAGACAGCCUUCCAGGUGGCCAUAAUUGCAGGAAAUUUUGAGUUGGCUGAAAUCAUCAAAACCCACAAAGAGUCCGAUGUUGUGCCUUUCAGAGAAACUCCCAGCUACACGAAGCGGAGACGGAUCCUCGGUGCCGGCGGCCUCUCCUCCCCUCGAAUUCUGCAACGCUCUGCCAGCGACAACAACUUGAAGGCAGAGAGCCGGGCGUCUUACUCUCCGGUGCCCUCCCUGCGCAGCCUCCCCCCCCAGCUGCUGGCCCAGAUGCAGGAGGCUGCGGUGGGGGUCGGUGGUGGGGAUGGCAGCCUGGCCAGCUCCGGCAGCACCCGCAGCGCCCACAGCCGCUCGCCGUCCCUGCAACGUGUGCAGGAGGAGAAGGAGGUCGACCUGCCCACGCUGCGGAGGAGCAGCCGCGGCAAGGCCAGAUUUCCCUGUUUGUGUUCAGUGCCUUUCACACCUCCACGCACAGCUACGAAUCAUGUGCACAGCUCGUCGUCAGUCAUCCUGAUGGCAUCACGUUGAGGGUCAGACUUUCUGCACUCACAGAUAUUAAGAGCAGCCGUGCGGUGCUCCGCAACGAAGCCCAUCUGACUCGAACAGCUCCGACCGAGUGGUUCUGCAAGGUGCUGAACAAGCUGAGGAGUGAACAGAUUCGCACCCUGCGCGGAUGCUCUUCUUCAAGAGCCACGUAGGGCUCCUGGCAGCCCAUCUGCACCACAGCUCCUGUUUGUGCUGACGGUAAUUCUGCACAGAUAGAGCCUUCAGGGGGUUCCUUGGCUGUCGGAAGGUUGGAAACGGUUGCGAUUACUUUAGUAAUUAAAUCACUUUAGUAAUUAAAGUCAGAGCGUGGUGUGACCGCAUGGUUGUGCUCCCAGGCAGGGCCAGCAUUUUGUGGGGUCAGGGGUCCCAGGUGCCCACGGGUUCCUGUAGAAUUCUUCUGCACCACCAUCUCUCAUCCCUCAAAUACGAAACCUCAGCAUGCAAUCACAGAGCCAUAGAAUGGCCUGGGUUGCAAAGGACCACAAUGAUGGUUACAA